CGUUUAUGCAUCCAAGUAGUAGGGAAUUAGAGCCAAGGACCUUAUACAUGAUAUACUUUUUGCUUAAAGUUUUAUACUGGUUUUACUUGCAAGAAAAAAAGGAAGUUUUAUACUGGUUUUGCAUCACAUGGAUUGUUCUCUUCAAUAGAAAGGUUUGUAAGUAUCAUAUAAAUUUUUGAAGUAGUUGUCCUUCGGCAUAUGAUGUUGCAUGGUCUUGUUGAGGCUCAAGACUGUACUUAACGUUAUCUCUUGCCCCUGGUUGUUAUGAUAUUUCUUCUUCAGGCAGCACUGGCAGCACAGUCUAAUAUUCUGCAUGAGCUCAAGGAAACAUCCCCAGCUGGGCCAGCUCCUAUAGUCCAGGAACAGAAAUCAGUUGGCCGGAAAAAUCGGCCAGCUCGUCCAUUUGAUAUGAUUAUAAAGGUCAAGCCACAAGCAAAGAAAGCAAAGUUAGACCCAGGAGCAUCCAAAGAACUCUCCGAUGCAAAAAUUCUAGAGCCAGUGGCAACCACUAUUAGAAAUACUGACGAUGUUGGUAAAAUUAGUUUAGUUUUAUAUAGUGACGAAAGUAGUGAAGAAGAUGAAUAGCAGAUUUACGUUAGUAUUCUAAAGAAAAAACUCACAUAAUUUUUUUUUCUAGUUAAUUUUCUUUUGUUGUGUUAAUUAUUUUGUUCUUGGAUCAAUUUUCUGCGUAAACACAGCCAAGAUGAAUGCAGGCAUUGUUACAGAUAUGCAAGAUUCAGUGUUGGCAAGUUUGGUCGGUGAUGGUGUUGUAUAUCCAAGAUAUAAUUGUUCUUCAU